CUGCCGCCUUUGCCCGGGCGGCGCUGCGCGCCCGGCGCGGUUUGUCCCUGCCGGCGCGCCGUAGCGGGGCCGCCUGCAUUGGCCGCGAGCGGGCCGGGGCGCGCGCAGGAGGCGGCGGCGGCUUCCCGGGGAGCCCAAGAUGAGCCUGCGGAAGCAAACCCCCAGUGACUUCCUGAAGCAGAUCAUCGGGAGGCCCGUGGUUGUGAAGCUGAAUUCCGGAGUGGAUUACCGAGGUGUCCUGGCUUGCCUGGAUGGGUAUAUGAAUAUAGCUCUGGAACAGACAGAAGAAUACGUAAAUGGACAAUUAAAGAACAAGUAUGGUGACGCCUUUAUCCGAGGAAAUAAUGUAUUGUACAUAAGCACACAGAAGAGAAGGAUGUGAAGAUGCCAGAAAGAGGCUAAUUUGUACUUGUGAACCUUUCCAAAGGGACGAGACCUAUUUGAUUUGUAGUUAAUAACUCACAAGUGAAAUACGCAAGUGUUUAAAUAUUUUUUUUAAAUAAAUGUAAACCAGUCUAA